CCAUGGGCCGCGAAACCAACACGUAACUGGGUCAAGGCCAGGAACCGCGACGGCAUGGAGGGCAUGAUACCCACCUCGUACGUCACGGAAUGCAGGAAGGAGGUCAAGCUCAAUACUAUGGCAUGGUUCCACGGCAAGAUCAGCCGUGAGGAAGCCGAGAACCUGCUGACGCCGCGCGAGGACGGCCUCUUCCUGGUGCGCGAGUCCACUAACUUCCCCGGGGACUACACACUCUGCGUCUGCUUCGAGCAGAAGGUGGGAUACACUACAAAUAAAGCCUUCCCUUCCUGCAGCGACACCUGUAGUGGCAUGGCUUACUUGGAGUCCCAAAAGGUGGUCCACCGUGACCUGGCUGCCCGCAAUGUGCUCAUCAGCGAGGAAGGUGUGGCCAAGGUUUGCGACUUUGGCCUGGCCCAGGAAAUGAAGCUUAAGCUGGACGGUGGGAAGUUCCCCAUCAAGUGGACAGCACCUGAGGCUCUCAGACAGAGUAAAUUUUCAAACAAAUCCGAUAUGUGGUCUUUUGGAAUUCUUCUGUGGGAGAUUUACUCUUUUGGUAGAGUUCCUUACCCUCGAAUUCCACUAGCAGAUGUGAUGAAACAUGUCGAAAAAGGUUACCGCAUGGAGGCACCUGACCUCUGCCCUCCGGAAGUUUACCAGCUCAUGAAGGAUGCAUGGAACGAGAACUGCAAACGUAGACCCACAUUCCAAGAGGCACUCAAACGACUCACACAGCUGCGACAGUCUAGCCUGGCAUGACCUAGAGUAGGGGCAUAAAUAUAGUUAAAAUUGGUGCCAAUGCUAGAUCAUGCUAGAGAUUUGAAGUAGUGUCAACUUCAGUGAAGUCAUUUAACAAAUGGAAGAAGAGAUAGAGUGAAGCGUCAGUGCUUGAGGAAUUGUUGCGUUGGUUGGAGGUCGACAUAUCCUGCUCACUCUAGUGGGAAAAGUGUGUUCCCAAAGCUCGAGUGCUUCGUGUUCCUCUGGCAUGUCUGACACAGUGACAGACUGGUGAUGUUACUUCUGUAAUGUGUGUUCAUUACAUGUGUAUAAACGGACAGAAAGAAGAAUGUUACAAAUCAGGUAUUAAGCCCAGGACACCUGAGCAUUUGUCCCUCCAGACUUAACUUUCAAUUUAGUGUCUUUAACUACAUGACAAAUGUCUGAAAUGUUGAUA